CGGGCUCCGCCGGAUCGGUUUCUCGGGGUUUGACCAGCUGUCCCGGGCUAACCCUGCUCCUCGCUGAAGAUGGAGGAAGUAAAAACAGGAUUACCCUUAGCUACAGAUCCACUGCCUUAGUUUCCACCACCAACUGCAGUGCACAAACACACGUUAGGCACAGGAAAGAAAGAAAGAGAGAGAGGGAGAGGACACACUAACAGUAAACACAAACAAAAGGGUGAUGGGAUUAUUUUACUGCAUGCACUGCUGAGCACUGCACUUUGACUAUGGAAACGGACGCAAUUGAUGGCUACAUAACAUGUGACAAUGAGCUUUCACCUGAAGGGGAGCAGGCCACCAUGGCCAUUGACCUCACUUCAAGCACACCCAAUGGACAGCACGCCUCGCCAGGUCACAUGACAAGCACAAAUUCUGUAAAGCUGGAAAUGCAGAGUGACGAAGAGUGUGACAGGCAGCCCCUGAGCCGUGAGGAUGAGAUCAGGGGCCACGAUGAGGGGAGCAGCCUAGAAGAUCCCCUAAUUGAGAGCGGCGAGGUGGCCGACAACAGGAAAGUCCAGGAUCUUCAAGGCGAGGGAGGAAUCCGGCUUCCGAAUGGUAAACUGAAAUGUGACGUCUGUGGCAUGGUUUGCAUUGGGCCCAAUGUGCUUAUGGUACAUAAACGGAGUCACACUGGUGAGCGGCCCUUCCACUGUAACCAGUGUGGAGCUUCUUUUACCCAGAAGGGUAACCUUCUGAGACACAUAAAGUUACACUCUGGAGAGAAGCCGUUCAAAUGUCCUUUCUGUAGCUAUGCUUGUAGAAGAAGGGACGCUCUCACAGGACACCUCAGGACCCACUCUGUGGGUAAACCUCACAAGUGUAACUACUGUGGCCGAAGCUACAAGCAGCGCAGCUCACUGGAGGAACACAAGGAACGCUGUCACAACUAUCUCCAGAAUGUCAGCAUGGAGGCUGCCGGGCAGGUCAUGAGUCACCAUGUCCCGCCCAUGGAAGAUUGUAAGGAACAAGAGCCUAUCAUGGACAACAAUAUUUCUCUGGUGCCUUUUGAGAGACCUGCUGUCAUAGAGAAGCUCACGGCCAAUAUGGGAAAGCGCAAAAGCUCCACCCCGCAGAAGUUUGUGGGGGAAAAGCUCAUGCGAUUCAGCUACCCAGAUAUUCAUUUUGAUAUGAACUUAACGUACGAGAAGGAGGCUGAGCUGAUGCAGUCUCAUAUGAUGGACCAAGCCAUCAACAAUGCAAUCACCUACCUUGGAGCUGAGGCCCUUCACCCUCUGAUGCAGCAUGCACCAAGCACAAUCGCCGAGGUGGCCCCAGUUAUAAGCUCAGCUUAUUCUCAGGUCUAUCAUCCAAACAGGAUAGAAAGACCCAUUAGCAGGGAGACAGCUGAUAGUCACGAGAACAACAUGGAUGGCCCCAUCUCUCUCAUCAGACCAAAGAGUCGACCCCAGGAAAGAGAGGCCUCUCCCAGCAAUAGCUGCCUCGAUUCUACUGACUCAGAAAGCAGCCAUGAUGACCGCCAGUCCUACCAAGGAAACCCUGCCUUAAAUCCCAAGAGGAAACAAAGCCCACCUUACAUGAAGGAGGAUGUCAAGGCUUUGGAUGCUACCAAGGCCCCCAAGGGCUCUCUGAAGGACAUCUAUAAGGUUUUCAACGGAGAAGGAGAACAGAUAAGGGCCUUCAAGUGUGAGCACUGCCGAGUCCUUUUCCUAGACCAUGUCAUGUACACCAUUCACAUGGGUUGCCAUGGCUACCGGGACCCACUGGAAUGCAACAUCUGUGGCUACAGAAGCCAGGACCGCUACGAGUUUUCAUCACACAUUGUUCGAGGGGAGCACACAUUCCACUAGGCCUUUUCAUUCCAAAGGGGACCCCUAUGAAGAACUGCACAUGAAGAAAUACUGCACUUACAGUCCCGCCUUCCCUCAGAUGGUGACAUGCUUACUUCUUCAUGCUGUCACUGUCUAUAUUUCUUAUUUUGUGGACAAAAUGUCAUUUGCUCUGCCUAAUUACAAUAAGGAAGAAACAAGAGAAAAGGGAUGGGAUGUUCACUGAUAACUUGGCUUGUUUAUUUCGUGAGCAUUUAAAGCAGUUCAUUUCGGCCAUGCGUCCUUGCUAAGGCCUAUCAUGAUUUAGGAGAUCACUCAGUUCAUAGAGAUUCCUCUAAGAUAUUCUGAUUUGCCAUUCAUGUUCAGGAUUGUGAUAGAAGGCAGGAAAGUUGGGAGUUCUCUGGGUAGGAUUUUGGGCAAUUCAAAACAGUCUAAGUCAUUUUACUCUCAAAGAAGAUGUUUCAAAAUGUAAACCCAUUUUAUUUUCUGUUCUUAGAGAUCAUGGAACACAAACACGAUGUUAUUUUCCAUAACUACAAGGAUGAGUUGAAUUGUUGUGGGUUCUGUGUUUACCUCCCCUACGGAAUUUAUAAUUGAGUAUGUUUUACACUGUAUCCUAUAGCAAAACUUUUAAACUACAGGUAGUCAAGGGCCACUGCGAUACAUCUGAGGUCCUUUGAUCUUAUUUUUCUAAACUUGCGCACUGUUUUUCCAUAGUUUUGAUGACUGGCAUUUUAUAGACACCCUGGCAGCCUUACUUUUAACACCUGUAACAAAUAGUAUUUUUAUGUAGUUUUCAGAAUAACGUAUGUUCGCAAGAGUGGGUAAAGAGGCAGUCAGUAAUUUCCAGGAAGAAUUCUGCUUUUCACAAUUUGAGAUUGUUUUUCUUUUUCUUUUAAGCUGUAAGAUGCCGGCAGCCUAGUAUACAUAUUUGCUUCUAAAGGUGUGUUUACGAUUGUCACUUUAUCAGCAUUCAGUGUUAACCAGUCAGCAGAAAAGUGUAAUUAGGCGAACAGUAGGGGGAAUUCCCACUCUAAGAACCCUUUUCUGGUAUUUCUCUUCAAGCUGUGAGCAGUCAGUGUUCUAUCAUAGUUCAUUCCUCUUUGACUGUUGGUAUAGAAGGGCUUAAAGAGCCUUGCUAACAGCUGCUUCCUCUGAAAUCAUGGAGCAACUGUUAACUGGACCCGAAAGUGCUCACCUGAACCCUGGAAGGUCUUUUAUUUACUAGGGCUAUGUAUUCCACUGUUUCUUCAGUAACGUCAUUGCCUUUGCUGGAGACAAAAGGGAACCUCUUUGUUACCAGAAUAACAUAGUGCAGGUCAAACAAACAAACAGAAAGUUUUCUGUCAGCCUUCCUGGAGCUGAGAAUGUGACACACUUCAGGAGAGGGUCCCGCACUUUAAAAAUAAAAACAGAAAAAGUUCAACUCUAGAGGUCCUUAUCAGAAAUGAAUCUCAACCCCUUAGUCAAGAAUCUACUGUCUUCUCUUAAUUUGCACAUGACAUAUACUUCCAUAUUUCAUGCUCAGGUUUUAAUCUGAUCUCUGCGAGUUCUCAGCUUUUCUUUUUCUUUCCGAAGUUCACUUGCAUGUGUGGGUAGGGUUGGAGCACACUGUCAUCAAGGCAUUUGGGGG